GUAGCCUGGAAGAUGGCGGCGACUGCGGCGGCCGGGGAAACAGAUGCAACUGAAGUUUCUUCCUCUUUUGUAGCUGUGGCUGCAAGUAGUUUAGUAAUCCUGGUAAUACUGCUUGUGAAUUGUGUGUCCUGCUGUAAAGAUCCAGAAAUAGACUUCAAGGAAUUUGAAGAUAAUUUUGAUGAUGAAAUAGAUUUUAUACCACCAGCAGAAGAUACCCCAUCUGUUCAGUCUCCAGCAGAAGUAUUUACUCUUUCAGUUCCAACCAUUGCUUUACCAGCUCCGUCCCAGGUUCAGCCUCCUGCAGAAGGAUCAAAGUCUCAAGUUGCACGGCAGAAUCUAAACUAUAUUCAAGAAAUUGGAAAUGGCUGGUUUGGAAAGGUCCUGCUUGGGGAGAUCUACUCAGGUACUAGCGUAGCAAGAGUAAUAGUGAAGGAAUUAAAGGCAAAUGCAGGUCCCAAAGAACAAGAACAGUUUUUGAGAAAUGGUGAACCUUACUACAUUCUUCAGCAUCCAAAUAUUCUCCAGUGUAUUGGACAAUGUGUGGAAGCCAUCCCGUAUCUUCUGGUGUUUGAGUUGUGUGACUUAGGUGACCUAAAAACCUAUCUGUGCAAUGAACAGGAGCAUAUUAAUGGAGAUUCACAAAUAAUGCUGCUACAGAGAAUGGCAUGUGAGAUCGCUGCUGGACUAGCCAUAAUGCAUAAACAUAAUUUUGUGCAUAGUGAUUUAGCCUUACGGAAUUGCUUUCUUACAUCUGAUUUAAACGUAAAAGUAGGAGAUUAUGGAAUAGGAUUCAGUAGAUAUAAGGAGGAUUAUGUUGAGACAGAGGAGAAGAAGUUUGUUCCUCUUCGAUGGAUUGCACCUGAGCUAGUAACAAGCUUUCAAGAUAGAUUGUUAACAGCAGAGCCAACCAAGUAUAGUAACAUAUGGUCACUGGGUGUAACAUUGUGGGAGCUCUUUGACAAUGCUGCUCAGCCUUAUUCACACUUUUCUGACAAAGAAGUUCUAACCCAAGUCAUAAAAGAGAAACUUGUUAAACUUUCUAAGCCACAUCUGGAACAGCCAUAUUCUGAUAGAUGGUAUGAAAUUCUACAGUUCUGCUGGCUACCUCCAGAUAAAAGACCAACAGCAGAGGAAGUACACAAACUUUUAACAUAUCUCCGCAUGCAAAGCCAAAGAGAUUCUGAGAUAGAUUUUGAACAGCAGUGGAAUGCUCUUAAGCCAAAUAUAUCCAAUAGAGAAUCAAAUAAUUCUGCAUUUCCAAUCUUAGAUCAUUUCACAGGGGAUCGCCUUGGCCGUGAAAUGGAAGAAGUACUCACUGUAACUGAAACAAGUCAAGGACUCAGCUUUGAAUAUGUCUGGGAGGAAGCUAAGCACGAUCAUUUUGAUGAAUGUGGUCAGAUGAAUGCUGAUGAAGCAAUGACAUACACAAACAUUUUCUUUCCAGUUGAGGUUUUUGAAAGGCCACUUUCAGAACAACAGUCUGGAGCAAAGGAGGAAAGUGGUCAAGAAGCAUCACUUAAUAUACCUGGGGUACUUCCCGUUUUUGAUGCUCACAAGCGAUCUCUUGGAAGUGAUUACUAUAUCCAGUUAGAGGAAAAAGGUGUGGGCAAUAGCAUGAAUUUUGAUAAUCAGUCAGCUGUGCUCACAACAGAAGUUGAUCAUCAAGAAGUUGUACAGGAGAAAAAAUCUCUUUUCAUAGUUCCCAGGGAUUUUAAUGCUGAAGAAUCCAGCACAGAUGAGGAAUUUUUCCACUAUAACAGAGAUCCUAAAGAUGAGGCUUUACAUGUUACUAGUGGUCCUGAAAGCCCUUUCCAGAAUAUAUUCAGAGAUAUUGACAGAGCAGAGGAAUUGACAAAUAACCGAAAUAUAUUUGACUUAACUGAACUAAAUGAUAUUCAUGUUGAAUUUAUGCCAACAGCUUUAAGUUCAAGUUUAGAGGUAUCAAAAGCAAUCAUUUAUCCUGAUAAGGACAGUCCUAAUCAUGUUUCUGAAAAUGAGGCUGGUUCCUUAUAUGAAAAUAUUAGAGAAUCUGAUUUUAGCCUGCUAUCUGCAGAAGAACUCUCCAAUAACUUUCUGUUUCUUCAAGAGAAGAAUUUAUUAAAGGGACUAGUGACUAACAAAGAUACCAAUUAUGACAUCAGACCAAAAUCAGAAAAAAUGGAUUUUAAAAAUUUAUCAGAAACAUCAGAUAGGAUCUCUCUUGACAUUGAGCUAAAACUGGAUAAAAAUACACCAGACUUUUCUUUAUUGCAUGAUAAUUUAAAAGCUGAGAGCAAAGAUCACAUUUUCUAUGUACCUGCAGAUGAAGAUGCGAAUUUUCUCCUUCAGUCUCUUGCAGAAACGCAGGUGCCCUCUUCUUCACCCAUAAUAGAUGAGAAGUCACAGGAUAAACAUCAGAACCUCCCCAUAAUAAAAGGCAGUGAUACAUUUUUAUUUGAAGGAGUGGAUAAAAAUUCAUCCUACAGUAUUAAUGAUGGUCUCUGUCAAGGAAAGGAGCAAGGCACUGAAGAUGCCCCCAUUGAAAUCCUGUCUAGUACUGCCAAAAGUUUUGGAAACUUGGGUGUCACACUUGAAACUAAAGAGUCUGCAGAACAGAUAAAAGAUGAAAUACUUGUUAAUUAUGGUAUUACUUUGGAUAGAAACCUUGGUAUAGAGAGAGGAAAUACUAGUAAGGAACCUAUGAACUGUGAUUUGCAGAACAUGUCUUCUGUAUUAGAUGGGGGUUUACUGGAGAACAAUAAGGAAACUUCAUAUAAUCUUAAAUAUAGUGAUGCUUCUAAACAAGUGACUUUAAUAUCUGACAUUUCAUCAAACUGUGCAAGUCAAGAUCAUCUGUUGGAAGACAGCUCAUCAUCUCUUUCACAGACUGUGGAGCAUUCCAUAAAAACACCAGACUCUGUGGAUUCAUUAGAUGUGAAUGAGGUAUUAGAGUCCUUAGAGGCUCAGAGUCCCCAGAAACUUUUGCCACCUGAUAAACCUGCUGAUAGUGGCUAUGAAACUGAAAAUCUGGAGUCUCCAGAAUGGUCUUCCCAUCUUUCUGUUGAUGCAUCUAACGUAGAUCCUGCACUACGUGUUGAUGGUGAUAGGAGUGCGGGUGAUUUGUCAGCCAAUCCAGUAGUCAUUGUUUCUGCAGAAACAGCUUGCUCAGAUUCAGUAAAUAGCAAUAAUAACUUUGAAAUAACCACAACAAAUUUUGCUAAUAGAAAUCAGAACUCUUAUAGAGACUCUGCUUAUUUUUCUGAUAAUGAUUCUGAGUUUGACAAAAAAACAGAAGAGAUUGUAAACAAAUCAGCAGAAUCCACAGUACUAUCAGUAGAUACUUGUAGUACAUCUUCUAGCACAGAAAAGAAUAAAGCUGAAGAUUAUUAUUGUUUUGAAGAUAUACAAUCAAAGCAUAAUCAAAUAGAGGAUUACCAGGACCCGGGUAAUGUAGGCUCACAAUUAGAAUUAUAUGAUAAAUUGGGGAGAGAGCAGACAUAUGUAAAGAUGCAGGUGUCUCCUGACAAUUGGACUAAAGAAAAUCUGAUAUUUGCAGUGAAUUUGGAACAAAACAAUGGGGGUGAAAUUAAACUACAUGAGGAAUUUCGCAGAAAUGUUUCUUGUGUUGGCACUAAUACUUCAGAAUUUCUUCCAUGCAGAGACUUAAAGUCUACUCAUAACAUACACAAUCCUUCAGUUUCAACUGAUGUUGAAAAACCCUUGUGCCACAUUGAAGGACCUAAACUGAAAGAGCCAGAUAUUGAAGGAAAAUACCUUGGUAAACUUAAUGUUUCUGGAAUGCUAGAUUCAUCAGAGGACGGAGAUGAUGCAGAUGAAGAAGAUGAAAACAGUGAUGAUUCUGAGGAUGAUAUGAGAACUUUCCAUAUGUGUAGUCUUAGCUCAGACAGUGAAGAUGAAACUGUACAUCAAGUGCCUGUGAUUGUUUCUGAUAAAGAUGAUGGAAAGCAUCUGAGAAGCCUGCUGAAACUUCCGAAGUCUCUUAAACAUGAUCGGCCCUCUGAGUAUUGGAAAAGCGAGAAAAAGGCAGUAACAUUCUUUGAUGAUGUCACAGUCUAUCUGUUUGAUCAGGAAACACCAACCAAAGAGCUGGGAAACCGUGCAGCAGAAUCAAACAACCAAGGCUCUGCUAACACGCCUGUCCUAUCUUCCGGUCUGAGUUACAUGAACAGAAUUACAAAUUCAGAAAGUUCUACUGAUGAAGAAGGUGGAGCUUUUGAAUGGGAUGAUGAUUUCUCUUCUCCAGAACCCUCUUUUAUAGCUAAGUCAGCAAAUAAUCUCAUUAGUUCUAAGCCACCUCUUCACAAUUCUAAGUACUUUUCACCCCCUCCACCAUCCCGGAGUCUUGAACAAAACUGGUCACAUUCAUCACCUUAUUCCAGGUUCUCUAUUACUCCGGCAAACAUUGCAAGUUUUUCUCUCACACAUCUUACAGAUUCAGAUAUUGAGCAGGGAGGUAGUAGUGAAGAUGGAGAAAAAGAUUAGUAUGAGUUAGUUUUUUCUCACUGGAAUUACAUAUGUGGUACAUACCGCAUUCUUGACUAACGUUUGAUAAACUCAAAAACCUAUGUGGAUCUGCUGGAGUAAAAUACAGGUAAUCAAGAAAUUUGAAGACUUAAAAUAAACACUGAAAAGCAAUGAUAAAUCAGGACAUUAAUUUGAAUGUGUAUUUAACUUUGUAAUGUAUUGUUUUUAAAUCAAUGCAAUUUGCUUUUCAUUGAAUCUGCCGCUCUUUUUCAAGUACUUGAAAUAUUCAGAUAAUUAUUUGUAACAAACAUGUAAAGCAGUUACACUACAUUCUGGUUUAUGUAUGGAAUUGUAUCAUAGUCUUUUUAUAUUUUUUCAUGUAGUUUGUUAUCUAUUGGAACAUAACACAUGUUGUAGAAUUGUGUAUAAUUGUUCUGUGCAACAGGUGGCUGUGUUGUUGAAACUGUAUGAAUGAUAGUUGAUCCGUAGUGAGCCAUAUUUAUUCUGAAAGAUAUCACUUAUUACAUGUUAUUUUGCUUACUGCAAUUGCACUAUGGAUUUUUCUUCCCAUAUUCCCCAACAUUGUACAGAAUCAAAAUCUUAAUUUUUUCAAGGAAAUUAAGACCAAUUGAAUUAGCCCAGUUAACCAGUUCAGUUUGUACUGUUGUAGUCUUUGCUAUGCACUGCACUUGUAAAACAUACAUAAUUUCUGAGUGUUGUGUGAGAAUUCCUGGAAUCCUGCAUGCAGUUCCAUUUAAAGUAGUAGCUGACUACAAAUUAUGAGAGUGCCUGUCUUUCAUAGGAAAUUUGGGGAGGGAUGUCUGAAAUAUCUUUGGGAUCCAUUUUGGAUGAAGUGAAUAUUUUAUUUUCACUCCUGAAAGUGAUUAUAUUGGUUUAAAUUAUAGUAGCAUCUUCCUAUGUAGUCUAUUUAAUGGCCUUUCUAUAUUCCAUUAAAACUGCCUAGUUUUGGAAGGGAGGGAGGUUUUUAGCCUUGAAAGUGUGCAUUGAAACUGGGUAUCUUGUAGAAUCAUUAACUUUAAUAAAAAUGGACCCACCAGGCCUACCUGGUUGCUCACUUGUUCAUCCUGUGAAUUCUGAAGUCCAAAUUAUUUUCUUUUGUCUAUGGAUUGGGCCUCCUUCCCAUUCAGAAGCCUGUAGAUGUUCCUAUCUCAAUUAAUGCAAAAACAAUUGAGUAUUAGAAUUAACAAUUGAGGAAUUAAGAAUGCUAACAGUCUUGCUUCAAAACCAGCGGAAAAUUGGCAUUCAUACAUUGUCACCCAGGCCUAUAUUAAAAUAUCAGCAGAGCUCCCUGGUGUGGUUGAAAUGUGCACUGACUCAGAUGUAAUAUGGAUAGCUUAAUGAGGUGAACAUAGUUUUCUCUCGGUCAUAAAUCCAUCUAGUUUAAUUAAUCUUUUAAAUAAGUUGUCUAACAAGUACCCUCACUGUCUUUCUAAGUACAGUUGGGCAGCAGUUCUUUCAUCUAUGAUGUGUAUAAUGCAGCUGCAAACAUUGGGCCAGGUUGGAAAAAGCUGAGUUGUCAUUUGAAGCUUUGUGGUGAAUCCUUUGAUCUGCAGAUUAGUAGUGUGAAUAUUUGUUUAACUCUUCUUUAGUACAAGGCUAGUCUUUCUGCUGAAAAGGUCUAGGUACAAAAAGCUAAGAAUUGUAACCACCUGCAGCACAUAGAACUGUAUACUUUCACUGUUGAGCUCAGUUUGAUGUUACUGUUUUAUUUAAUGCACAGUUUGGUUUAAAAUAGGACAUUGGUUUUAAGUGAUAGGAAUACAAAAAAAUAGAAUAUCCAUUUUUAAAAAACAUUUAUUUGGCCCUUGCAGCUGGAAUGGCUUUCAUACCCCUCAAGGAAAAGAGAUCAGUUCUAGAAAUAAAAUGCUUUAAAGUUGCCCGUGUAUUACUGAGGCACUGAGUUGUCCAUCUGAGGAGCUCAGGUCCAGAGGGAACCUGAGUGUCACUGGGAGAGUUGUAUUUCAGUGUAACAUCAUGAAAUUUGCUGUUGCAUAUGCACAGCAAAAACUUUUAAUAGAAUUUUACACUAUUUACUGGAAGUACAUAUUUAUUAGACUUAAAUCAUCUCAUAUGCUCUUUAUACAUAUUAGAAUAUAAACUAUAGGCUUUGGCACCCUAAGCAGCAUUAUAGCCUAUUAGAUCUGUAAAACAGAUUUUUUUUUUUUAAAUUCCUUAAACACACUCACCAGAUAAAGUCCUCAUCAGUCCUUGUAUUUUUCUGUAACACUUUUAUAUUACCAUGAAUAAAAAAGCAGGGAAAUUCAAAAUUAAGAUUGAAACUACUUGCUCCUAAAAGUGUGGAAUUGUCUACCCAGUAUGUGCUGGAACAUGUAUGGUAUCACAGGGUUUCAGCCUUAAAUCUGAAUUUCUUGAUGUUGAACUUUAAUUUCUGAAGUUAAAUAAAAGGUAAUAUAGUCUGAAUGGGAUGUUGAGAUGUAGCUUCACUUUUGUUCCUGUUGUAACUUCAGAAAUUCAGAUUAUGGAAUAGAUCUUGUGUAGCUGAGCAGUAUUUAACCUUGUAGUGAACACAUCAGGGUUUUCCUCAGUUGAGGAGGCAUUAGUCAUUUGUGACUCCCAUUCUCUUUACUAAGAGAACUAUGUCUUAAAACCUUAAAUUAUUAUGAAAGUUUACUCCUGUGUCCAAAGGGACUGUUUGCUAAUGACUUGCCAAAAGGACACUUUUUUCUCAAAAUAGGAUGUGUGUGUAGGAUGCUAUACAGUAAUGUGCUUUUUAGCCAUAUUACCAAAAAAAAUCAUUGUUAUAUCUGAAUUGCCACACUUCCUUAAUAUCAGUGGAUAUUAAUUUCAUUAAUCCAACUCUCUAAAAUGUAAUUAGUUUUUGGAAGUAUAUGUUAAAUUGUAUUACAAAUUAUUAGCAGUGUCCAAGAAGUAACCAUCUACUACCAAUGAAUUAUGCAAGGAAGGCAAAUUUAAGGAGUAGCUGAAAUGUAAUCAGGUUGAGGUGAUUUGACGAAGGGGCCAAAUGUUAAAUUCUGUAAACUCUUGCACUAAUAACCCAAGAGAUUUCAAUUUUAGAAAUACUUACAGCUGUUUUUUUUCAAUGGUUUAUGAUGAGGGUUGAUUCCAUUUUAGUUUCUUCUGUGUUAGAAGAUCUUGAUAAUUUAUUUAGAUGUUAAAAGGCAUUAGCUUAAUUUGGCUACUUAAAUAUCUUACAAAAAAUCCCAUUUACAGCCUAAAAUGGAAGCUGAUAAAGUGAUUUUAAAAUGAUUCGAUGAUUAAGUUUCACUCGGUCGUGCAGCGAGAGGCCAGUAAAGCGCGAAAUCUGGUUUUUGUUUUGUUUUAAAUUUGAAACACCUGUUCCUUCCCUAGUCCCUCAUCUUUAGCAAUAUGUUGUACAUGUCAACUGCCAUUUCCAUGGAAAUGGACAGGUUAAACACUUUUUUUCAUAUUCUUGGUGAUGCACUAAUGAAAGCCAUUAAGCCUCUUUCUUUUAUCAGUAUUUUAAGUAGUAUGUUAAUAUUUAGUAUUGAAUCGUUUUUCAUGAGGGGCUGAUUGGUAGGGAAAUACUUGUGUUUUUAUCUUUUAAGCACUACGCUAAAGUUUCAGUGGUAAGUCAGAUGUUAGUGACAUGGCUAUUUGGUGGAUUUAGUGAAAGGUGGAAUCAAAGUAUAUUAGCCUUAUAAGAAAUAGCCUUAAAAUAAGAAUGGAGUGUACAAAAAUACAUCAGCUUUAAGUCAUACAAAAAUAUCCUUAAAUAUUAAUAAGUUUUGGUUCUCAAGUCUUUGAUAUGAAAAAAUCUAGAGUAAAAGAGCAUAUAAAUAUAUUGAAAAUAAGUAUUUGUGAUACCAGCAGCCUGUUUUUCAGAUAAACUUGAAUGACUUAAAAUUAUUAGUUGUUUAUGAAAUUGUUUGAACUUGCACAGUCGUAGCUGUAACUUAAUGAUAAAUGGUACUGAUGUGUAUAUACAAUGUUUAAUUCUAUUUGUAAAUGAGGAGCAAUGUAACAAAAUCAUAGAUAUGAGGUUUUCCUAUUGUAAUUUAAUACAGGUAUGAGGUUUUUGGCAAUACAUCAUAGUUAAUGAAAUUUCAGGUCAAUUCAUCUUGCAAUUGUGUACAUUUUUAAAUUGUAAUAUUUCUACUGUAUAUUGAUUAUCAUGCAUAGUGUGAUUCAAUAAAUUGCUUGUAAUUUAAAAACACUAUUUAAUAUUCAAAAAUAAAAUACGGUUAUAUAUUUAUAA